AGGUGGCGAGUGCCAUUGCCAUCCGCCGCUCUCCGUCCCGUCUCAUCCCGUCUCCAACAAAACCCCCCGCCCCUCCGCCUCGCGCUCCCCCUUUCCCUCCGCCCGGCGCCCGUUUUACCGCGGCCGGCAUCGUCGGCUCCACACGCAAACGCCUCCCAGGGAGCGACCAAAAAGCCAGGGCGCCACGGUCUGGCCUGACGGCCCACCUCAGUCCAUCAGGGGCGGGCAGCGCGGAAAACAGAACCUCGCUGCGGCGCCAAGCAAAGCGCGACGAGACGGGGCGGGGCUUUUGGGGAAGCGGAUGAGAUGGCGCUGCGGCGCAAGGGGAGGUCGGCGGGGCGGCGGGCGGCGCUGAGGUGGUGGCUGCUCUCCCUCCUCGGGACCGGCGCCGCCGUCACCGCCGCGGCCGCGCUGCUCGCCGUCGCGCUCCACGUCUCCGCGUCCGCCUCCGCCGGCUCGCCCUACCGCCUGGCCAAGCAGCCGCGGGAGGCCGAGGAGCUGCACUGGGAGCAGGAGUUCGCGCCGCCGCAGCUCGCCUCGCCGCACUCGCGGAAGCUGGACGGCGCGGCCGAAGACGCGCCGGAGAAGAGGCUGUGGCUGCCGGCCCCGUCGCGCCGGUUCGUGCCUUGCGUCUCGCCGUCGCUCGAGUACAGACGUCCGGAGGCAUCGAGGGGGUACCUGCUCGUACACACCAAUGGCGGACUCAACCAGAUGCGCGCCGGGAUCAGUGAUAUGGUAGCAGUUGCACGUAUACUCAAGGCUACACUGAUAAUCCCAGAACUUGAUAAGAAAUCGUUUUGGCUCGACAAAAGCAACUUUUCAGAUGUCUUCGAUGAAGAACACUUUAUACGUUAUUUGGCAAACGAUGUGAAAGUUGAGAAAAAGUUGCCAAAGGAAUUGGUGAAAGCACCAAAAUCUGUUAGGUACUUCAAGAGUUGGUCUGGAGUAGAUUAUUAUCAGAAUGAGAUUUCUCCACUAUGGGAGCACCGUCAGGUUAUUCGAGCUGCUAAAUCAGAUUCUCGCCUUGCAAACAACUUCCUUCCGCCUGAUAUUCAAAAGCUUCGCUGCCGGACCUUUUUCCAGGCACUUAGAUUUGCUCCCCCAAUCGAAGCUUUAGGCAAUCUAUUGGUGGAGAGGAUGAAAUCAUUUGGACCAUAUAUUGCUUUGCAUUUACGCUAUGAGAAGGAUAUGCUUGCUUUUAGUGGGUGUACGUAUGGUCUGUCAGAGACCGAAUCAGAGGAGCUUGCAAUGAUCAGAGGAAACACAACAUACUGGAAGGUGAAAGACAUUGAUCCAUUAGGACAAAGAUCACAUGGUCAUUGUCCCCUGACACCAAAGGAGGUUGGAAUGUUUCUUUCUGCCCUAGGAUAUCCAUCAAGCACCCCAGUUUACAUAGCUGCAGGGGAGAUAUAUGGAGGUGAAUCCCAUAUGGUCGAUUUGCAAUCCCGAUUCCCAAUUCUGAUGAACAAGGAGAAACUGGCCUCUGCUGAAGAACUGCGACCGUUCAGCCAAUACGCUUCUCAAAUGGCAGCUUUGGAUUACAUCGUUUCAGUGGAAAGUGAUGUCUUUAUUCCAUCAUUUUCUGGGAACAUGGCACGGGCUGUUGCCGGUCAUCGGCGUUUUCAUGGCCACAGGAAAACAAUCAGUCCUGACAGGAAAGCAUUAGUUCAUUUGUUUGACAAAGUUGACAGUGGAUUACUCGAUGAAGGCAAAAAGGUAUCGCAAAGGAUAAUAGAAAUGCACCAGAAGAGACAAGGUUCUCCUCGGAAACGGAAAGGUCCCGUGUCAGGCACAAGGGGCAGCGAUAGGUUUCGCUCAGAGGAGGCAUUUUAUGAGAACCCUCUUCCUGAUUGCCUGUGUCAAUCGAAUGACGAUUCUAUUGUCAGCAUAUAACCACGAUCAUGGAGUUAACCGGUCUUCGCCACCCCUGCCCCCUGGUCAGCAAUCCCAGGUACAUAGAGCAUAGGGAGGCGCAUACUGAUAAAGUUCCACAGCAUUAGAGCUUCUGCUCAGGUGACAUUACAGUCCAACGAUUCGUUGGCACACACGGCCCGGCUCUCAUUCCGCAGAACAAGUUGCCAAUGUAUUCCCUCUGUAAACUAAUAUAAGAGCGUUUAGAUCACUACUUUAGUGAUCUAAACGCUCUUAUAUUAGUUUACGGAGGGAGUAUCAAAGAAUCGAAGAUGUUCAGAGCAGCUGUACAGCGGUUUAGAUGUAACUGUAGUUUGUAAGCUUGGGCAUAAUUAUUACCUCUUGUAAGUAUAGGACUAAUAAAGAGCAGAGGUUAGUUUCUGUUGAAACAUCUCAACGCUAGUAGUAUCUCACUGGAGAUGGUUUCUGUUGAACUGACAUCACACGAUGGCAGCAUGAGGAUGAGUAUGUUCAGAACACGGCCGUGCAGGGCUUUAGAUGUAGCUGCAUUUGUAAGCCUCUUUGUGUAGGUAAAACCAAUACAAAUAGAAUAAGAGGAAUAGGUGAAACAUGCUGAAUAACUAGUUGGUUAUUUCUGAAUGAAAGUUUGAGCUUGGAGGAAGGAA